AUGUCAUGUUAUUGGGUUGCUGAAGUUGUCCCACUUGCGGUAACUGCGCUUUUGCCUUUGGUGCUCAUGCCAGCGCUCGGUGUGGCAAGUAUUCAUACGGUCGCCAGAGCCUAUUUGAGUGAAACCAAUAUGAUGUUUCUCAGCAGUUUAAUGCUAUCGGUGGCUAUAGAAGAAUGUCAAUUGCAUAAAAGAUUUGCCUUGAAGAUGCUUACCCUUGUCGGAGCAAGACCUCAAUGGCUAAUGGCUGGCUUUAUGUUCACAACCACGUUCAUAUCACUAUGGAUAUCAGACACUGCAUGUGCGGCACUCAUGUCUCCAAUCGCUUUUUCCCUGCUAGAAGCAAUGAUGAUUCAUAAAAUGGCUCCAGCGCAUAAAAGAACAGGGGAAAAUCAAGCAGGAUCGCAGAAGCGAAGAGACUUGGAAAGUAGUACUGAGCCGACACGAUUGGACUUUUCACGCUUGUCGAAAAAAGAUCGAGGUAUCUGCAAAUGCCUUAUGCUUAUUGUCGCUCAUGCUUCGUUAAUUGGUGGAACCGGUACGAUCAAUUCAACUGCACCAAAUCUUAUCUUCAGAGCCACGCUUCAGAAAUAUUUUCCUGGAGAGGAUACGGGUAUUAGUUACAUUUCAUGGAUGACUUUUGCAAUACCUCCAAUGAUAGGAUGCAUGACCGCUUCAUGGUUGAUUGUACAGAUACAAUUUAUUGGCUUCCGCCAUAUUGUACGACUAUUUGAAGCGCCUUCUGAGGAGGAGCGAAUGGAUGAAAAGUAUGUGAGUAAAACUGUGGACACAGCUUACAACGAGCUUGGGCCAAUGACGUUUGCCGAAGUUUCGACGCUUAUAAUAUUCAUACUGACGAUUUUUUCAUGGUUUACAAGUGAUCCGCAAGUGUUUGAUGGAUGGACUGUAUAUUUCAAAAAAGGAUACGUUACGGAUGCAUGCACGGGUAUAUUAGCUGUGUUCAUACUGUUUGUAUGGCCACGAGAGAUACCUGACUUCUUUUUCCUACGAUCCAAAUCGGACCGUAACCGUCUCACAAUCAGAAGGGAAUCGCUGCUAACUUGGGAUGCGAUUAAGCGACGGUUUCCUUGGUCCGUCAUCCUUCUUCUUGGUUCUGGAGAUAUGACACUUUUCCCGGCAAAAAAUGCUCGUGUUCAUCCGCUCUAUCUUGCAUUACCAGCUACAAUCGGUCCUUCAUUUUCGUUUAUGCUACCGAUGGCAUCCCCACCAAAUGCAAUAGUUUAUGAAACUGGAGCAAUGAGCAUGCUGGAUAUGGUGAGUUUGAGUGAGACUGAGUCUUGA